AUGAUGGUGAAAUUUUUCCUGCUGGCAUUGGCAUUUGGACUGGCUCAUGCUAAGCUUCAAGGAAAAUGGAGAACCAUUGCCAUUGCUGCUGAUAAUGAAGACAAGAUAGAGGAUGGUGGUCCUCUGGAACUCUUUGUUCGUAAAAUUACUUGUCAGGAGGGAUGCAAAGUAAUGAAUGUCGAAUUUUAUAUCAAGCAAAAUGGAUAUUGCUCAUUGACCACAGUCACUGGGUAUCUGCAAGAAGAUGGUCAUACUUAUAUAAACCUGUAUGAAGGUGAAAAUCAGUAUGUACUUGUGAAGGCAACAUCAGAGUACUUAAUCUUUUAUAGUGAGAAUGUGGACAGAGCCAGCCGGAGAACAAAAUUGCUUUUCCUUGUUGGAAAAGGUGGCCCUCUAACUAAUGAAGGAAAGGAACAGCUUGCUGAGUAUGCUAAGGAAAAGGACAUUCCACUUGAAAACAUUCGAGAAAUUCUGACUAUAGGAAAUUGUAAUAUUGAAAAACUCAUGGGUGAUGCUUUCCUGACCAUUGUAGGAGAAAAUCUCAUAACAGAUCUCCUGAGUCAAUUUGAGAAAGAGCAAUAUGAGGACAACACAAGAGAUACUGGAGGAAAGAGGGGGAAGAGGGUUGAUAAGAAAUUGUGUGAAACAGAGAACCAAGGGGAAGAAGGUCCCAGUGGACUCUAUGGAGCCAGAAAGAGUGACUCUGAUCUCCUUGGUGACUUUGAUAUCCUGGUCAUGCUUGGAUGUAAAUGGAAGUGGCUAUUCCGAAUACUAGCCUAUGGGCCCGAGGAGUGA